GCACGUGGCCCGGGCGGCGCGGGGCAGGUGGACCCCGGGUCGCGGCGGCCUCUGCCCGCGACCCAGGCCGGGCCCCUGACCGCGCCGUUCCGUCCUUCUGUCGCCCGGUGAAAAAGUCCCCCCACCCCGAGAUUUGGGAGGGUGGGCACCGCGAUCACCGGUGAUCCCGAGCCACGUCCAGGAUGGAAGUUGUGUAAUCUGCAGCUAUUCCUCUUCCUUGGAGACCUUUAAAGCACACGGUUCUUAAACCUGGCUGCACAUUAGGAUCACCUAGGGAGCCUUAAAAAUACCAACUGCAAGCCAAUUGAAUCUGAAUCUCUGGGGUAAGAGAGAUCCAGCAUAGAGAAUGGGAUAUUUUAGAAACUGAAGAUCAUUAUAAGAGCCGAUGGAGAUCUAUUAGGAUUCUAUAUCUUACUAUGUUUCUUAGCAGUGUAGGAUUUUCUAUUGUGAUAAUGUCAAUAUGGCCAUAUCUCCAAAAGAUUGAUCAGACAGCUGAUGCAAGUUUUUUGGGCUGGGUUAUUGCUUCAUUUAGUCUUGGCCAAAUGGUAGCUUCACCUGUAUUUGGUUUGUGGUCUAAUUAUAGACCAAGAAAAGAACCUCUUAUCAUCUCUCUCUCCAUUUCGGUCGCCGCUAACUGCCUCUACGCCUAUGUCCACGUUCCAGCCUCUCAUAACAAAUACUACAUGUUGGUUGCUCGUGGAUUGGUGGGAUUUGGAGCAGGAAAUGUAGCAGUGAUUCGAUCAUAUAUUGCUGGUGCUACUUCCCUUCAGGAAAGAACAAGUUCAAUGGCAAAUACUAGUGCAUGUCAAGCAUUAGGUUUUAUUCUAGGUCCAGUUUUUCAGACUUGUUUUGCACUCAUUGGAGAAAAGGGCGUGACAUGGGAUACCAUUAAACUACAGAUAAACAUGUAUACAGCACCAGUUUUACUUGGCGCAUUCCUGGGAGUUUUAAAUAUUAUUCUGAUCCUUAUUCUAUUAAGAGAACAUCAUGUGGAUGACUCAGGACGACAGUGUAAAAAUGUUAAUUUUGAAGAAGCAAGUACAGAUGAAGUUCAGGUUCUCCAAGGAAAUAUUGAUCAAGUUGCUGUUGUGGCCACUAAUAUUGUGUUUUUCGUGAUUCUAUUUAUCUUUGCCCUUUUUGAAACGAUUGUUACUCCAUUAACAAUGGAUAUGUAUGCCUGGACUAGAGAACAAGCUGUAUUAUAUGAUGGAAUAAUACUUGCUGCUCUUGGAGUUGAGGCGCUUAUUAUUUUCAUGGGGAUUAAAUUACUUUCCAAGAAGAUUGGCGAGCGUGCUAUUCUACUGGGAGGAUUCAUCGUUGUAUGGGUUGGCUUCUUUAUCUUGUUACCUUGGGGAAAUCACUUUCCCAAGAUACAGUGGGAAGAUCUGCAUAAUACUUCAAUUCCUAAUACCACAUUUGGGGAAAUUAUUAUUACUCUUUGGAAGUCUCCAAAAGAAGAUCACAAUGAAGGACCAACUGGUUGCCCAAUUGGACAAGCUUGGUGCUUCUACACCCCCAUGAUCCACCUGGCCCAGUUCCUCACAUCAGCUGUGCUCAUUGGAAUAGGCUAUCCAUCCUGUAAUGUUAUGUCCUAUACAUUAUAUUCAAAAAUUUUGGGACCAAAACCUCAGGGUGUGUACAUGGGCUGGUUAACAGCUUCUGGAAGUGCAGCACGGAUUCUUGGACCUGUGUUCAUCAGCCAAGUGUACACUUCCUGGGGCCCACGAUGGGCAUUCAGCCUUGUGUGUGGAAUAGUGAUGCUUACCAUCAUACUCCUGGGUGUGGUUUACAGAAGGCUUGUUGCUUUUUCUGUAAGGCAUGGAAGGAUUCAAGAGUAACCUGACACAGGAUGCCUGGGUGGUUCAGUGGUUGGGCGUCUGCCUUUGGCUCAGGGCAUGAUCCCGGAGUCCCGGAAUCAAGUCCCACAUCGGGCUUCCUGCAUGGAGCCUGCUUCUCCCUCUACCUUUGUCUCUGCCUCUCUCUCUCUGUGUGUCUCAUGAAUGAAUGAAUAAGGUCUUAAAAAAAAAAAAAAAAGUAACCUAACACUAUGAUGGAAAGUACUUGUUGUAUGGGACUUCCUCUUCCAAGGCUCUGCUAGAUCAUUAUUAUGAGUCAGUUUCCAAAAGUCAGGCUGCAAAUAUUGUAUAUUUUUAAUUACAAAAACAUAUAUUGAAUAAUACAGACAAUUCUGUGUGUAAUUGUGAACAGUGACCUAAUAUAAAAACACUGGUUCACAAUUUCCUUAUUUCAAAAAGAUAUUCUAUUAUCGCGUCUCUUUUGGCGUUGCAUGAACUCAUGAGUGAAUGGACAAUGAUUUAUAAAUAUGAAGUUGUACUCUUAGACUGCAGAGGUGUCAUGAAAAUAAUGAGAAAAUAUGCAGUGAAACCAUAAGGAGAGUUCUGUAUGAAUUAACUAUAACAAAAGAAUUAAAUUAUAGAAAUUACCUAAA